CAAACAUUUGACCGAUGUGACCAAUGAUUUAAAUAAAUAUAUGUUUACCUGUACAGAAAACCGGUUAAAUGUCAUUGAAAGGUACUGGCUGAAUGGAAAGUUUGUGAACUACGAUAAUCUAUAAUUGUGUGGUUUGACCUGCUUGUUACUUUGUCACUACGCAUUAAUACAGGAUGCAGAUGUCAGAGGUUAUUCUCAAUCAGCCGGGACAGGCUAAAAAAGGAUUCCCAGACAGUGGUGUAGCCCCUCCCCCGGGAUGUCCUCCUGGACUGGAAUAUUUGGCUCAGAUGGAUGAGAUAUAUGUCAAUCAGAAAGUCGAUCUUUUAGAAAUGAUAACAGAUUCGGCAAUAGAAAUACCAAACCGAUAUAGUAUAGAAAACAGCAGUGGACAGAGGGCUUAUUUUGCACAAGAAGAAUCAGAGUGUUGUAAUCGAAUGUUUUGUGGUCCAGACCGAGGAUUUAUUAUGCAUAUAACAACUAAUGAUGGCAGGGAAGUAAUUCGAUGCGAAAGAAAAUUUAAAUGGUGUGCAGGGUGUUGCUGGUGUGCAGAUAGUGAGACGUGUGGAUGGGAAAUGACAGUUGGGGCUCCAGUAGGGAACAUCAUUGGAUAUAUAAGACAGCACUCAUCUAAAUGGCAGACUCAUCUCACACUCUACGAUGCCAACCGUCAGAAGUUGUAUGACAUAUGGAGUAAAUGUUGUCCAAUUUUCUGUGUUUGUUGUAUUGAUGACAUUAAUUUCCAUGUUUUUGAUGCCAGGUCUCAAAACAAGUUAGAUUCACGUAUUUAUAAGAAGUGGUCAGGAUGGGCAAGAGAAUGCUGUACAAGAGCGGAUCUGUUAAUUUGUGAAGUACCUGGUAUGGAUGUAAAGGAGAAGGUACUUUUUCUCUGUUCAACGUUUAUGUUGGAUGUGAUGGUUUUCGAGACUAUGGAUUCUGGUGGUGCUGGCGCCGGCUCUUAAAAUGUCAUGGAUUUCAUCAGUGCAAUCACAUGACAAAAACAAAGUUCAUUACGAGAGAUCAAGUUAACAAUUUGAUAUUUUACACCUUUAUUAUUUCAAUUUUUUUAUAAAGUGAUUUGAAAAAUACACAGGACAGUUUCAGAAAUUUGUUACCGAAGUGUCAUAAUGGUCAGGUAAAAUUUCUAUUAUUUUCAAUUGCUCAUUUUCAGACGAAAUGCCACGGAAGUAGAUCUGUCAAAGAAUUUUGUUUUACCUCAUUAGAUAUAAAUGUGCAUAAUAUGUUCCGAAUGUUAAACAUACGCAAUAUCUAUAUGUGUUAUUAACCCUUUUAAUCGGUCGACCAUUUUAAUCUGUAUAUCACCUUCAAUGUCUUCAUGGUUUUUUCUUAAUAAAAAUGAAAAAUG